UAUAAAUAUCCACGUGGCAACGUCAAUGUUGACUCUGGGGAGAAGUUUCUCAAAGGAUUUCAAAGAUUUUAUGAACAAUCUGUUCUAAUAAACCAAAACAGAGCACACGAAUUUCCUCAGAUUCUUUUCACUCUGCUUCUUCCGACAGCCCCAAAAAACUUGGAAUUCCAAUUUUCUAGGAAGCAAAGAAGAACAUAAUGAGGGAUUAUUGGAUAAGUUUAAAUCCCUUGAACAACCCAUUUCUCAAAUAUUGUUUCUCUUUCUUCUUAAUUUCUCUGGUUUUUGUCUUUCAAAAUCCAUUACUCUGUUUCUCAUUGAACCCAGCCCUUAUUUUGCCCCUCAAAACCCAGGUGAUUCCGCCUGAAUCCGUCUGGCGAUCUCCUGACAAGCUCCCUUUCCGGCAUAACGUCAGCCUUACCGUCUCUUUGACUGUCGGAACGCCGCCGCAGAAUGUCACGAUGGUCAUCGACACCGGCAGCGAACUCUCAUGGCUCCACUGUAACAGAUCACAAAACUCCUCUUCUUCAUCUUCAACAUUCAACCCAGUCCAGUCCUCUUCAUACACUCCUAUCCCUUGUUCCUCCUCCACGUGUACCGACCAAACAAGGGAUUUUCCGAUUCCGGCAUCGUGUGAUUCAAAUCAGCUCUGUCACGCUACUCUGUCUUACGCCGACGCCUCUUCUUCAGAAGGAAAUCUCGCCGCCGAUACGUUUUACAUCGGCAAUUCCAGUAUUCCGAAUGUCGUUUUCGGCUGUAUGGAUUCAAUUUUCAGUUCCAACAAUGUAGAAGACUCUAAAAACACCGGAUUAAUGGGUAUGAAUCGUGGAUCUUUGUCUUUUGUUUCUCAAAUGGGUUUCCCCAAAUUUUCAUAUUGCAUAUCGGAAUAUGAUUUUCCCGGUUUGUUAUUACUCGGAGAUGCCAAUUUUUCAUGGUUGGCUCCGUUGAAUUACACUCCAAUGAUCCAAAUAUCCACGCCAUUACCGUAUUUCGAUCGAGUCGCUUACACGGUUCAAUUGCAAGGAAUCAAAGUUUCCAACAAGUUACUUCCAAUACCGGAAUCGGUCUUCGAACCGGACCACACCGGGGCCGGUCAGACCAUGGUCGAUUCAGGCACACAGUUCACUUUCCUUCUCGGGCAAGCUUACACCGUUCUCCGAGACGAGUUCCUGAACCAAACCGCCGGUUCGCUUCGUGUUUUCGAGGAUCCGAAUUUCGUUUUCCAAGGAGCCAUGGACCUUUGCUACCGAGUUCCUACGAAUCAAACCCGUCUCCCGCCGCUGCCGGCGGUGACGCUGGUGUUUCGCGGCGCCGAGAUGACAGUUACCGGCGACCGUAUUCUGUACAAGGUGGCCGGAGAAAUAAGAGGGAACGAUACGAUUUAUUGCUUUACAUUCGGAAAUGCGGAUCUUCUGGGCGUUGAAGCGUACGUGAUUGGGCAUCUCCAUCAACAAAACGUGUGGAUGGAAUUCGAUCUGAAAAAAUCGCGGAUCGGGUUGGUGGAGAUCCGGUGCGAUUUAGCGGGUCAGAAAUUGGGCAUGGGCCUGUAAUGUACAUGACCCGGGCUCAUUUGAUGGAAGCGUUUUAACUAUCGGGGUGGGCUCGGCACUUUAUAUUCAUUAAAAUCUAACGGGCUUUCGUGUGUAGUCGUAGGUCCAUACUGUUAUGGUGGUCCUUCAGCCUUUAAUACCGUCCGUGUGUGGGUCCCUUACCAUCUGUUUUUAUUUAAAAAGAAAACAAAAAUGAGUUUGAUCUGACGGGUGUAGUGAGAUUGAGUGAGCUGCGAUGUCGCCACGUGUAAGAAUAGAUUUUCUUUUCUUUUUUUUUUC